CAUUUGGGGGCGGGAAAUCGGCGGAGCAAUCGGUCUUCGGUUUUCCCGGAAUUUCUAUCGGUCAGGUAUCGUUUAUUGUAACGAGGAAUUCCUUUGUGCGAAAAAGGAUGCGACGCCACUCUGACUGCGCGUUAUUUCUUUGUUCGCGGGAAUCCGAGGAUCGAUUGGGAUCCCUGCCAAAAGGAACCUUUCGUUUUCUAUAAGGAUAAAUCGCGAAUUCUCGUUGUCCGGCGACAAGAGGAUGCUCUCCGCGUCGCAAGACGAAUCAGGGUUUAGAGAAUCGAGGAGCUGUUGAGCGCGCGACAGAGAAUUAAAGUUGGAUGAACGGCUGCCACUUUGUAUUUUGUAUUCCACCGGCGAGUUUACUCCUCCGAGUCGUCCUCCACGUGGAUUAUUUACGAAAGGAGACGCGGUAUCGGGUCGGAAAUCUCGUCGUCCUGGGAAAAACCGAUGCCUCGCGAUAUGUACCGAGCAUAAGAAGCGACCUCCGCGCCUCUGUUCGCGAUACAAGCUCGAUCCAUCGCCGAUUCUCGGCUCGUUUCUUUCUUCCCAUUGAGAUUCGCAUCGGCAAUCGCUCGGAAACCUUUUACAGUUACUAUCGAUAACUCAUAGAUAACGACCAUUUCAUUCAGUUUCGCGCUGUUCACAUCGCCGUUUCUCCAUCUUUCCACUCUGUCUUCCGCUCUGAUAUCGUCGACCCUUAAAACUUGAGAUACACCAGCAGAGGUACGCGCGAUCGCCACGUUCACCUGUCGCGUGCCAAGCUACGCACCUGCUUAACUAACUUUCCUUCUCUUCGUGUCCUCGCCAUCUGCUCUUUUUUCUUUUUUUUUUUUUUUUUUUUCGAGUUUCAGUGACCGAUCGGCAGAUGCCACGGUUUAACGCUUUUAAAUAAUUUUAUCCUAAUUACGUGACCCCGUUCCCAUCGUUCUACGUUUCUCGAGGUAGCGCUAACCGUGGAAAACCUCGCGGAAUGGACGAUCGAUGAUUUCAGAGUAUUUAUUCCGGUCUUGCACGCGCCGUGUCUCACGCUUACGGUACGUACGUGCACGCGUAUGGCCGAUACCUCGGCAUGCGAACUUUGUCUAAAUUCAGCUGGAAAUUCCUCUGAAUAACGAACCAUCCGUUUCGAGAUUUUGCUCGUUUAAUCCCAACGGCGAUCCCGAUAAAACGUUUCUUCCCAGCUCUCUUACUUGUUGCUCUUUACUUCGCGUUUCGAUUCUUCGUUUCGUUUAAUUGAUCAGACACGCAUAGACGCAACAAAGUAUCGAGCACAACGGAUAAUACAACUGACAUAUGUGGUCGAUGUUUAAUAUCUAAUCCAACGUAUAUGCGUAUAUGCGUAUUGUCGGUCGUUUUAUAUGACGGAUACGUAAAUUUAUCCUAGACACGAACCUUGAGCUGGCCACCUAUCGAGACUGUUUUGCCGUAUCGAGCAAGUGUAGUUUCUGAUUUUAGUUCAUCUCCUCGUUGUUAAUGUGCAAACGAGUAGUGGCAGCACCUGUACGACGAGGGGAACUUGGCUGCGCGUUUGUAAACGAAAGUAAUUUUCUCUUCUAUUUUCCGACGAAAUUAGAAAAACAUCGCUAUAAAUGCUCGCCUAUUAAAAAUAUUUACAUUCCCAAACAGAAUCUUCUGGCUGUUGAGCAGCAUCGUCGAUCAUGGUUCGAAGUAGCGACAAGGACAGGCAUCACAGAAGGCGAUCUAGAUCGCGAUCCAGAUCGCGAUCCGCCACACCGGAGAAGAAACGACGGCGGUCUAGGAGUCGUGAUAGGGAUAGAGAACGAGAUAAAGGUCGGCACAGGGAAAGAAGGAGCCGUUCCAGAGACCGUGACAGAGAUAGAAGAGAUCGCUCCGAAAGAGACAGAGACCGUGACAGGAAACGCGGCGACAGUAAAGAAAAGCGUCUUACAGGCUCAAAGUCUUCGCGUUCAGGCAAAGAUCGGUCGAAUAGAUCCAGAUCAAGAGAGAGAAAGGAGAAAGAGAAGGGUGACAGCGAUGAACUGCCGUUCGAUCAUACAAAGUUGGACAAGGAGGAAGAGCAGAAAAGAUUGGAAUUGGAAAUGCAAAAGAGGAGAGAAAGAAUAGAGAGGUGGCGCGCUGAAAGGAAAAAGAAAGAGUUGGAGGCAACGAAGAAAGACGGUAAGGCAUCCAUUUUAGCAAACCUACAGUUGCCUAUGAAAAAGUGGUCCCUCGAGGAUGACAGUGAUGAAGAAACGCCUGUUGUCCAAAAUAGCAACAAGGAAUGCAAAGAAGACGGAGAAACGAAAGAGCAAGUGGAACAAGUUAAAGAAGAAGCUAAAUGCGACGAAGAAGAAGUCGAUCCCCUUGAUGCCUUUAUGGCAGAAGUUCAAGAGGAAGUUCGUAAGGUGAACAAACUCGAUAGCAAAGGUGGAAAGAAUGCGAAUAACGGCACAGGGACGGGAGGUACUCAGAGCGGUGGCGUUGUUAUCGUCACCGGUGUAGCCAAAAAGAAAGUGCAGAAGCAAAAGGGUGAACUGAUCGAACAGAAUCAAGACGGUCUUGAAUAUUCCAGCGAAGAGGAAGGUGAAAAUCUUCACGAAACAGCUGCUGGCAUCGCGAACAAGCAGAAGCGAGAAUUAGCCAAAGUUGAUCAUGCAACGACCGAGUAUCAACCGUUCAGAAAAUCAUUCUACGUUGAAGUACCUGAGAUCGCGAGAAUGACGUCGGAAGAAGUGGAAGCGUACAAAGAGGAGUUAGAAGGUAUUCGCGUGAAAGGCAAAGGUUGUCCGAAGCCCAUUAAAUCAUGGGCACAGUGUGGCGUCACGAAGAAAGAGUUGGAGGUGUUGAAGAAACUCGGUUACGAGAAACCAACCCCUAUUCAAUGUCAAGCCAUUCCGGCGAUCAUGUCUGGCCGUGAUUUGAUAGGUAUAGCAAAGACAGGCAGUGGGAAAACGUUAGCCUUCUUGCUACCAAUGUUCAGGCAUAUUCUCGAUCAGCCUCCAUUGGCAGACGGUGAUGGUCCGAUCGCGUUGAUUAUGACGCCAACUAGAGAAUUGUGCAUGCAAAUCGGUAGAGACUCGAAAAAGUUCACAAAGUCUCUGGGGCUGUCCCAUGUCUGCGUUUACGGUGGAACCGGUAUAUCGGAACAGAUAGCCGAGCUAAAGAGAGGCGCCGAAAUAAUCGUUUGUACGCCAGGUAGAAUGAUCGAUAUGCUAGCCGCUAACAGCGGAAGGGUGACAAACCUGCGCAGAGUAACGUACGUGGUUCUUGAUGAAGCGGAUAGAAUGUUCGACAUGGGUUUCGAGCCGCAGGUCAUGCGUAUUAUGGAAAACGUUCGGCCAGAUCGGCAAACUGUACUGUUCAGCGCGACAUUCCCUCGACAAAUGGAAGCAUUAGCAAGAAGAAUUCUAACCAGACCUGUAGAGGUUCAGGUCGGAGGACGAUCGAUCGUUUGUAAGGAUGUCGAACAGCACGUGGUAGUUCUCGAGGAAGAUCAAAAGUUUUACAAGUUACUUGAAAUCCUUGGUCACUAUCAAGAUAAAGGUUCCGCUAUAAUAUUCGUCGACAAGCAGGAGAACGCAGACACCUUACUCAAGGAUCUGAUGAAAGCCUCUUAUUCCUGUAUGUCGCUUCACGGAGGUAUCGACCAGUGCGAUAGAGACUCGACUAUAUUGGAUUUCAAGGCUGGCAGGACAAAGUUAUUAGUCGCAACGUCAGUGGCGGCCAGAGGUCUGGACGUGAAGCAUCUCGUACUCGUGGUGAAUUACGACUGCCCGAAUCACUACGAGGAUUACGUGCACAGAUGUGGAAGAACAGGAAGAGCUGGGAACAAGGGGUACGCGUACACUUUUAUCACAUCGGAGCAAGAACGUUACGCGGGUGAUAUUUUACGUGCUCACGAAUUAGCGGGUGUCCCCGUUCCGGAACCGUUGCGUCAACUAUGGGAGGGAUACAAAGCUCGACAAGCGGCAGACGGGAAGAAGGUUCACACAGGAGGCGGUUUCAGUGGUAAAGGAUUCAAAUUUGACGAAUCGGAGGCAGCGUUGGCCAACGAAAAGAAGAAGUUCCAAAAGGCAGCUCUGGGAUUACAAGAUUCCGAUGACGAGGACAUAGAGAACGACAUCGAUCAACAAAUAGAGAGCAUGCUUGCUCCAAAGAGGACGGUUCGUGAAAUCGCCAGACCUUCCGCCACCAAUAUCGCGGUUCCUGGUCAGCCUGUAGCUAGCGCGACUGACAAGUUGGAGUUGGCUAGGCGACUGGCGUCUAAGAUCAACAUUGCGAAGAAUCUAGGUGCAGAGGCGAAGGGUGCAACACAGCAAGCAGCCGAAGCUAUACUUAAAGGCGCUGGCCCCACCAAUCUUAUUACAGCGAAAACGGUUGCCGAACAGCUGGCUGCCAAGUUGAACACGAAAUUGAAUUACCAACCUCGCGAAGAGGAUCUAGUGGAAAGCGACGCAGAGGCUGGCGAACAAACGUUCCGCAAAUACGAGGAGGAAUUGGAGAUCAACGACUUCCCGCAGCAGGCUAGGUGGCGAGUUACAAGCAAGGAAGCUCUUGCUCAGAUCUCGGAGUACUCCGAAGCCGGUCUCACGGUUAGAGGGACUUACAUCGCACCCGGUAAAGCACCACCGGAAGGAGAGAGGAAGUUGUACCUCGCCAUCGAAUCUACCAGCGAGCUAGCAGUCAGCAAGGCCAAAGCAGAAGUUUCGCGUUUGAUCAAGGAAGAGCUGAUCAAGUUACAGGCGUCCGGAGCGCAUACCGCAUCUCGCGGUCGUUACAAGGUUUUGUAAAAAUGGAAAAGUGGAAUGUCUUUCGUUGUACAUGCGAUGCACGGGAUCCUACGCACUGUAGCAUAUACGCAACUUCGACGAAUAACGUGCGAGUAAAAUUAGAGAUUUAUUAAACUUACAGAAAGUCUCUGCGAAACACUUUGUAUUUAACGGUACAAUAAUGUUCAAAAGAGCUGCUUGACGGUUUACGGAGUACCGAUUCAGUGAACGAAAGUAUUUGCCAGCGGUCCAAAUUGAUUAACCAUCGUAAUUAAAUAAUUAAGAUUUUCGAACAAAAGGCACGCGAAACUCACAUUGUGGGACAAGAGAAUAAAUAAUUUGGGCCGCUCGACAGACUUGACCUUUUUUAUCCAUUGUAUUAUUGUAUUCACGGAGAAUAUAACGUAACGAUCAAUCGCCA